UCACCCAGUAUUUUUUACAAAAAGGCCUCCCUUCGUUUUCAUUUUGAUGCGCGCAUAACCAUUCACAAAUUCGAAUUAGCAAUCGCCACCACAAUGUCUGUCUCAGCAUCUGAGAACGUGACUAAGCUUGCUCAAAUGGCCGAAAGGAAAAUUCUCAAGGGACUCAACAUAUCCUUUGAAGAGCAUGCUCGUUCUGCGACUUUUGCCUGCGGAGGCAGUCUUCCUUUCCACGCGACCCCGGGAAAAUUCGGGGCAACAGCGCAAGAGUGCGCGGGGGAAAGCGUUCACGAGAAUGUGGAAGAUAGCGCUGGGAUAAAGGAUGGAGAAGGUCCUGAGGAGAGUGCUGAAGAGGGUGUUGAAGAAUACAGUGAAGAAUACGAUGAACGAACUCUGAAUGCUAUCGACGACGUUCAAGUCCGUUUCGGGAUUUCAGGCCAAGGAUACUGCGUCAAUUUUGGUCAAGAUGGUCCAUCAAAGGACUUCAAGUACCUCCUCGACGCUUGCCAACCUGCAUCCUUUGGAAGAGGUGGUGAAGCUGUUCUCGAUGAGAAGUACCGCAAGGCAGGUAAAUUAGACCGCUCCGAAUUUGCAACAAACUUUUGUCCUUAUGAGGCCGGGAUCAUCGACGUUUUGACACAACUGCUCGUACCGGAGUACAAGUACCGCAACCUGAAUAGCAUCAAGGCUGAACUGUACAAACUCAACAUCUACAGUGCACCCAAUGGCAAGUUCAGGCCACACGUAGACACGCCCCGAAACGAAUACCAAAUUGGAAGUCUAGUUGUAUCACUCCCAUCGAAACACACAGGAGGCCAGCUUACUGUAGGAAAUUCCAGCGCUGAUAGCCAGAGUGUCAUCUUCGACUGGUCCUCCCAAGACAAAAAACAGCCAGCUUGCAUCAAAUGGGCAGCAUUCUAUAGCGAUUGUCCUCACGAGGUCCAUCAAGUAACUGCCGGCCAUCGGGUGACACUGACUUAUAACUUGUUUCUCAGGCGUGGCGUAGGUCACAUUGCCGAAUCAUCUCCGGCACUUGACCCCACCCAACUGCCUGUUUAUGGGGCCCUUCGAGAUGCCUUGGAGGUGCCUAGCUUUCUCAACAAAGGUCGAGUUCUUGCGGUGUACCUCACCCAUCGCUACGCUCAUACCGAUAAUCAGCUCAACUUUUUACCUGAUUCCCUCAAGGGUGCGGACAUGGCAUUGUGGACAGCUGUUAGAGCGCUUGAUCUUACUUGCAAACUCGUACCCAUCAUGCGUGCAGAGCACUGGAGUGGGAAACAGACCGAUAUAUUCGAACCGGAGUUCAGUUCUCUGGGGGAAACAGUGACUGGCGGCUAUGUGAUGUCCAUUGAUUAUCAGUGGCCGGGCUGGGGUCACAAGAUCCCCAAAGAUGCCAAUAUAACAUGGCUAAACGGAAAGAGAGGGGAUCUAGGGGAACUUCAGCUGGCAUACGCGACUCACGGAAAUCAACCGGAAGUAGAAACACACUACUCAUACGCUGCCAUGCUGAUCCUCGUUCCACCCUACUCUGAACGGGGCAACAGUGACGCUGCUUCUGCUGAAUUUCCGGCUGAUUUCUGGGAUGCUAGUAGCCUUGAUAGCGACGAGCGUUUGGAUGACUAA